AUGGGAGGUGACGACGUCCAGGCUGGAGGCCGUAAGCUCAGUCACAAUGAGCUGGAGAUGGCCCGUCAGUUCUCAGAGACGAGCGCACGCUUGUCUCAAGCCAUCGAAAGGCAAAAGAAGGGCAAGGAUGUUGACAAAACGGAAGAUCUCAAGAAGGAGCUGGAGAUGUGGGAACACAGGGUUUCUGUCGAAGAGCUUUGCAGCAAGCUCAAGACUGACGCGCAAAAGGGUCUUACCGAUGCUGAGGCCAAGAUCCGCUAUGACAGGGACGGUCCUAACAUGCUCUCCCCGCCUAAAGUGACCCCCUGGUGGAUCAAACUCGGUCUCCAGUUCCUCAACUUUUUCGCUUUGUUGCUCCAGAUUGCUUCUAUCCUUUGCUUCAUUGCUUACGCCCUGGACAAGGAUGCUAUUGACAAUCUCUACCUCGGUUGUGUCUUGUACGGUGUCGUCAUUAUCACUGCCAUCUUCUCAUUCUUCCAGGAGUUCAAGAGUGAGAAGACUAUGGAGAAGUUCAAGAAUUUCCUCCCGCCGAAGUCUGUCGUCCGCCGUAACGGAAAGGUCACCGAGAUCGACGCAUCCACUCUGGUUGUCGGUGACGUCAUUGAGGUCAAGUUGGGAGAUAAACUCCCAGCCGAUAUUCGUCUAACGGAAAACCAGAAGCUGAAGGUCGACAACUCUCCCCUCACUGGUGAGUCCGAACCCAUUGGCCGUACCGUUGAUUGCACUGAUGACAAUCCCCUCGAGACCAAGAAUCUUGCCUUCUUUGGUACAUUGGCUGUCGAUGGAACUUGCGUUGGUAUUGUUGUCAACACUGGUGAUGGUACUGUAUUCGGUCGCAUUGCUGGUCUCGCUGCUGGAUCUAGCGCAGAGGUCACUACCCUGCAGCUUGAUAUUCAUCAUUUCGUUAUCAUCAUUUCUUCUGUUGCAAUCUCGCUUGGUGUUCUGUUUUUCAUCAUCGGUCUCAUCAAGGGAACUGAAGUUAUCACCAACAUUGUGUUCUGCAUCGGUAUCAUUGUCGCAAAUGUCCCCGAAGGUCUUCUUGCUACUGUGACGGUCUCCCUCACCUUGUCCGCGAAGCGUAUGGCCAAGAAACAAGUGCUCGUGAAAAAGCUAGAGGCUGUCGAGACACUCGGAUCGACUACUUGCAUUUGCUCAGACAAGACAGGUACUCUUACUCAGAACCGAAUGACUAUUGUCCAUCUCGCGUACAACAAUGCGCUGUACACUACGAAGACGGCCGCGACUGAAGCUACUUUUGACACUGAGGAUUCGUGCUUUAAGGAGCUGUUCUACAUUGGUGCGAACUGCGCGAAGGCCAUGUUCGAUGCUAAAGAUCUAGAUGAUAACCCGGAGAAAUCAAUUGACGAGCGCAAGGUCAAUGGUGAUGCUUCAGAGGCUGGUAUUCUCAAGUUUUCGGAGAAGAUUACGUCUGUCAGUGCAAUCCGUUCUCGCAACACUCAGGUUUCGACCAUUCCUUUCAACUCUGCGAACAAAUUCAUGAUCACAAUCAACAAAGUUGCGGAUGCGGGAGAUCGCCUCCGUUUGUGUAUGAAGGGUGCCCCUGAACGUGUUAUGGAUAGGUGCACAAGCAUCCUCACGAAAGAGGGUGCGGUUCCUUUCGAUGCCGAUGCCAAAGCCGUUAUCAAUGAGCAGCUCGCUUUCAUGAUGGAAAGAGGAGAGCGUUGCUUGGGAUUCGCCAAGCUGGAUCUUGACCCGGCCGAGUAUCCUGUUGGUUUCCAGUUUGAUGUGGAGGAGAUCAACUUCCCCAUGGAAGGUUUGGUAUUUGUCGGCCUGAUGGCUCUUCUGGACCCGCCUCGUGAGGCUGUGCCGAACGCUGUCGCCACUUGCCAGAGUGCCGGUGUUAAAGUUGUCAUGGUUACUGGUGAUCAUCCAGCCACUGCCAAGUCAAUUGCCAAGCAGGUCAAUAUCAUCAAGGAGUCAACCGCCGAGGAUAUUGCCAAGGAGCGAGGGAUCAACCCGUCCGACGUAGACCCUUCCGAGGUGAAUGCCAUUGUUGUUCCCGGUUCCCAAAUCAAGGACUUGGAGCAGGACGAUUGGGAUCGCAUCCUUGCCCACGAGCAGAUUGUGUUUGCUCGUACAUCUCCGCAGCAGAAACUCAUCAUUGUGGAAAACAACCAGCGACUCGGAAACAUUGUUGCUGUUACCGGCGACGGUGUCAAUGAUUCCCCCGCCUUGAAGAAGGCCAACAUUGGUAUUGCCAUGGGGAUCGCAGGCUCCGAUGUUUCGAAGGAAGCCGCCGACAUGAUCUUGCUUGAUGACAACUUUGCCUCUAUUGUGGCCGGUGUCGAGGAAGGUCGUCUCAUCUUUGACAAUCUGAAGAAGAGUAUUGCCUACACGCUUACGAGUAACAUUCCGGAAAUUACUCCUUUCUUGGCUUUCAUCAUCUUUCAGAUCCCGCUUCCUUUGACAACUGUUCUCAUCCUUUGCAUCGAUCUUGGAACCGAUUUGUUGCCUGCCAUUUCCCUUGCCUACGAGAAUGCUGAGUCCGAUAUCAUGCUUCGUCCACCUCGUGACUCUCGAGUGGAUCGUCUUGUGAACAGGCGUCUCAUCUCGUUUUCAUACUUCCAAAUCGGUGUCAUUCAGGCAUUGGCUGGCUUUUACUGUUACCUCAUCGUCCUUGGAGACUAUGGACUCACUGCCAAUGUGCUGCUAUUCCUCGACGAAGAUGCCCAUCUUGCGUCUCCCAGUAAGGAGGAUAAGCGUUGGCUUUACGCAGUUCGCCCGAGGGUCGGUGGUAGGUCUUUACGUGCAGACUUCUUCGAUGGUAACGACGGACGUGACUUCCGGGAAUUUUUCACGGCGGUACAACCCGGUUUCAUCCAGCAGCAAGCGAGCGAAGACGAUGGCGGUGACGGCACAGGCGUCAUCUUCGAGCAGCUGAUUCUGGAUGCGAAUGUGAACCAACUUCGGAACAUGUUCAAGAUCAUCGGUACUGUUGAGAAAACUCCGCCUUGCGCAGCUUUCUCGUGCCAGGUUGAUGAUGAAACAGUUGAGAACGACUUCGGUCGUUGCUUCGGAUUGAAUACGGAUUCGACUGCCGUGAAUAUUCCGUUCGAGAACAUCCUGGACACGGACGAAGUGGAACGACAGGUGAACACGGAGGUGGUUGAAGGUGAAGAAGAUGGAGAAGGCUGCUUCGACCUGUACACUGAGCGGAUGCAGGAUGAAACUUUGAAGCACGCGCAGACUGCAUUCUUCGUCUGUAUUGUAAUUGUACAAAUGGGUGGUCUUCUUGUUUGCAAGACUCGCCUACUCUCAUUCUUCAAGCAGGGCAUGAAAAAUCUGGUCCUGAACAUUGGUCUCCUCACGGAGGUGGCCCUUUGCGCACUUCUUUGCUACGUUCCGUUCAUUCAGACUGCGUUCUCAACGCGCCCCCUUCGUUUUGUGCACUGGCUCCCUGCCAUCCCGUUUUCCGUGUUCAUCUUCACAUACGAUGAGCUAAGGAAAUUUGGGAUUCGUCUUGGAGACAGCACUGGAAACGUGGUUGGAGUGUGGCUUCGUGAUAAUACAUAUUGGUAAUUUGUUCCGGCUUAAUAUGUGCAUUUCGUAGAUCUAGGAAACGUUGAAGAGAAAUAAAAGUUAUGUCUGCCUCGAAGGGGCCUUCGCUACCCCCUCUACCCAGUGUUUGCUUGCU